UGUGUUACAUAUGGAUCCCUGUAUUUUUGGAUGUGGAAACCCUAGUGGUGUAGUGGCUAUAUGGGUUCAAACUCAAAUCCACUAGGUGCUUCUUGGAAAGUCUAUGAGGCAGUUCUACUCUGACCUAUAUAGUCACUAUGAAUCAGAAUUGACUUGAUGGCAAUGGGUUUUUUUUUUUUUUUUGUGGGAUAUAGAAGUUUCUAAAGUUUACUUCAACUUCAAAAUCAGAUGAAAAGCCCUGGUUUUACAGUGGUGAAGUGCUUGGCUACUAACAGAAAGAUCAGUCACUUUGUAGGAGAAAGAUGUGGCAACCUGUUUCAGUAAAGAUUGUCCCCUUGGAAACCCCAAGAGGAUUGUAUGUGUCAGAAAUGACUCAACAAUGACACAAAACAAUAACAAUAUGAAGGAAAAGGUCAGUGGUUAUUCACUGGUAGUCCUCUGUAUGGGAAACCUAGGUUAGGCUUCUGGCAGAUAUAAUUCAUGCACUACCAGCACUGGGUCUGUCCCUAGCGGAUUCUGCAUUGCUAUGACGCUGGACAGGUUUCAGCAGAGGUUCUAGACUAAGACAGGCUAGGAAAAAAUGCAUAGUGAUCAACUUCUGACAAUCAGCCAGUGAAAACCCUAUGGAUCACAAGGGUCCACUCCAAAACAGAUCAUGGGGAUGGUAGAAAAAUGGGCUGUGUUUUGUUCCAUUGUGUUUGUGGUCACUGUGAGUCGAGGAUAACUUAACGACAGAUAACAACAACAAAAAAUAUGAAGAAAAACUUCCAUUGCUUCUGAAAUAUUAUAACUUGUUUAGACAAUACUACAUGAAAGCUAAUACCAAACCCUCUGUUCCUUCACAGAAAAGAUAACUGGACCAAAUGGGCCAACAGAAUCUAACAGUACUGACUGAAUUCAUUCUAAUGGGAGUCACAAGGCACCCUGAGUUGCAGCACCCGCUUUUUGGGGUGUUUCUCCUCAUCUACAUGAUCACAGUGGUGGGCAACCUGGGCAUGAUCAUCUUGACCAAGAUGGAUUCCCGCCUACACACACCUAUGUAUUUUUUCAUCAGACACCUGGCCGUCAUUGAUCUUGGUAAUUCUACUGUCAUUUGUCCCAAGAUGUUAGUAAAUUUUGUUGUGGAUAAAAAUACCAUUUCCUAUUAUACAUGUGCCACACAGAUGGCUUUCUUCAUUUUGUUCAUUAUCAGUGAACUUUUUAUCCUAUCAGCUAUGGCCUAUGACCGCUAUGUGGCUAUCUGUAACCCUCUGCUCUACAAUGUUAUCAUGUCCCAAAGACUUUGCCAUGUGCUGGCAGGCAUUCCAUAUCUCUACAGUGCCUUUCAGUCUGUGAUGUUAACCAUUAAGACUUUUACAUCCAUCUUCUGUGGCUCUAAUGUCAUCUGUCAUUUCUACUGUGAUAAUGUUCCCUUGUUAUCUAUGCUUUGCUCAAAUUCACAAGAAAUAGAAUUGAUGCUUAUAAUAUUUUCAGCAUUUAAUUUGAUAACCUCCCUCCUGGUUGUCCUGCUCUCCUACCUGCUGAUUCUGAAAGCCAUAUUUCGAAUGCAUCCUGCCAAGAGCAGGAUAAAAGCUUUCUCCACAUGUGGUUCUCAUCUGACAGUGGUGGUUGUGUUUUAUGGGACUUUAUUAUUUAUGUAUGUGCAACCCAAAUCUGCUCACUCAUAUGAUACUGACACAAUGGCCUCUGUGUUUUACACUUUAGUCACCCCCAUGCUUAACCCUUUGAUAUAUAGCUUGAGGAACCAAGAGGUAAAAAGUGCCUUCCAUAGGGUUUUUAAAAAUUGAUGCCAACUUUAUAUUCAGUAUUCAAUAUUCAAACUUGUUUUUGUAAACAAUGCAAAAGGUAAUGUCACUUGAUAACAUUUUUAAUAGAUAUAAAUGUGCUUCUUUUGGUUCCAAGGCAGAAGCUAAUUAUAAGUUAGAUACUAUCACAUUGUUUAUACUAAGACAAAUUAAUCCUCCUUUAGCUAUCCAGUUAAGUGUUAUUUCUUCCCCAACUCUCCUUGCUUCCUAUGCAUUGC